UGUGUGUGUGUGUGUGUGUGCGCGUGAGAGGGAGUGAGAGAGCGAGAGAGAGGUCUAGAUCUGAAUGAGCUACUGUCCUGUGCAGCCAUACACGGAACUUUUUUGCAACACUUUUUGAGAUUUAAGACAGAAUCAGAGAAUGAGACCACCACAUGGAUGCCAAAUAUAAAGAGCACAACUGUGAGUAAAUAAUGGGGUGACAGUAAAGGGGGCAAUUGGCACUCUCAGUAAUUCUAUGUAGGAAUGUACUGUAUGUUGUCUUCAUAGUAGUUACAAGAAGAAGGAAACUUGACUUGAUGUAGACAUGCAUAGUUUUUCAAUUAGUUGCUUUGGAUCAAAAUACUUUGAGAACUUUCAAGGAUCUUUUAGCAUUACUUUGCUUGUCGGCUUUCCUCCACACCAAGAAUGUUUUUUGCACAGACUUGUCAAGCUAUGACAUGUGUGGAGUUAAGUUAUGCAACAUUGCCAAACACACUGUGAAAUGUAUAAUUGAAAAAAGAAUUAGCGUGGUAAGACAACUAUUCACUUAUUGUGAAUUGUGUAAUGUACUGCAUUUGUAUGGUCACCAGUGGUUGAGACAGAAACAUAAAAGGUGACUUAAAAGGAAGUGGAUAAAGGCAGUGCAAGAGAUUUGUGGGGGGGCUACUUGAUGGUUGGAUGAGUAGUAGAUGGCUUCAUCUCAUUACUUUUAUGGUAGGCACUGAAUGACAGGGAACAGUCUUAAAGCUAGUGUGUAACGGAAGUAACUGAUAUCUAGAAGCAUAGAGAUCAUUGCAGUUCUAGACACAUUCUGAAUCUUGACCAGAUGGGGGCUGGCUUUUGCUCCAUGUGCAUCUUCAUUUGUAAAUCAAAUUGGCCAACAAGCUCAUAGAGCAAGACACCCCGUCUAUUCCUUUUGGCAAUGGCUGGAAGUUUGAUGGGAUUCGUCCGAAGCCUCGAGACUGAUUCAGCUAGCUCUGAAUCUCAGCCACCAACAUGUGCAGACUAUAAACUCCUCGACAAGGUUCUAAAAAGACUGCAGAAACUGCAUAGGCUGUGCACUGAUCCACGGUUAUGUCUAAAGAAUAGCCCACCUUACCUCCCUGAGCUAGUGAGGGAGACUGUAAACCUCAUGAGGGAUAUAUGGGCUCCUUAUAGAGGCUCAGUCUCAGCCGUGCCACGAGGGGACGAGGGAGAGUACCUGAGGAUCCAUGUCCAACACUUGCUGGAUAAAACAGACAGGGCCAUCCUGCUGUUCAAGGAGGGCAAAGAGAAGAUGUUUGAGGAAAAGUCGAACUACAGGAGAAACUUGAUAAAGCUGUCUUUGCUGUUCAGUCAUAUGCUGUGGGAACUACGAGCUAUAUUUCCAGGUGGCCAAUUUCAGGGAGAUACCUAUAACCUGACCAAGACAGAGGCAAAAGAGUUCUGGAGGAAGAUAUUUGGACACAAGUGCAUAGUUAAGUGGAGUUUGUUUAAGCAGCAUUUGAAAAAUGCUCACAAUUUUGAAGAGGGAAUGGAGGCCAUGGCUCUGAAAUCAACAGUUGACCUCACUUGUAAUGAUCAUGUUUCUAUCUUUGAGUUUGACAUCUUCACCAGACUGUUUCAGCCAUGGUCAACACUGCUGAGGAACUGGAAUCAUUUAGCAGUGACUCACCCAGGUUACAUGGCCUUUCUCACUUAUGACCAAGUACAAGCCAGACUGGAACACCACAGACAUCGUCCUGGCAGCUACAUCUUUCGUCUCAGCUGCACCAGAAUGGGCCAGUGGGCGAUUGGUUAUGUGACCCACGAUUGCAGUGUUAUACAAACCAUUCCAGAGAAUACACCUCUGUACCAGGCUCUAAUACAAGGCUUCAGACAGGGAGUCUACUUGUACCCAAAUGGACGUGAUGUGAACCCUGAUCUCACUGCUCUGUGUUUGCCAUCUCAGAAGGGUCGCAUUAAAGUCACAGAGGAGCAAUAUGAGUUAUACUGUGAAAUGGGCAGCACAUUUCAGCUGUGUAAGAUUUGUACAGAGAGAGAAAAGGACACACGCAUUCAGCCCUGUGGACAUCUGCUUUGCAGGCCCUGUCUCCUCGGCUGGCAGAAGUCAGAUGCACACACCUGCCCUUACUGCCGCUGUGACAUUAAAGGGACAGAGUCCAUCCUUGUCGAGCCAUAUCGGCCCGCAAGAGACACCACAGUCGGAAGAAGAGAAGAAGAUGAGGAAGAUGAUGAUGACGACGAUGAUGAUGACGACCAUGAAGAUGUGGAACUAGUCAUGAAAAAACUGGCUGCCAUGAAAAGGGCAUCACAAGAGGAGUAUCAGGUUCCUAGUUCCAGUUUAGCACCUCCUCCACUUCCACCAAAGCAGAACAUGUCCUCCCCAUGCCUAUCUCCCAAACCACACAUCGGUCCUUCCAGGCUGGUUAAAGGUCACAGAAACUCAAGUACCUGUAGCAAUGUGCCACAUACAGAAAACCAUCUAUAUCAGACAGAGGAAACCUCAAACAGACAGCUGCAGCGUGAUGCUGAGCAGAGCCAUACAUCACUCUCCCAGUCAGGUAGAAAAGGUUUAGCCCCAUGGUCAGGGCCUGCGCAUUCAGGAAAAAAGAAGAAAGAGAAAAGAAGGGAGGAGGUGGAGGACAGGAGCAAUUUGGAAACAGAUUUGCUAGCACAAAGUCAAAAAAGCUCUCAGAGACAGAGACAGCUCUCAUCUUUGACAUUCCUGGAGGAUAUCAACAUAGACAUGAGUAUAACGAAAAACUGAAAUAUGAUCUCUACACUGUAAAAAAAAAAAAAAAAAAAAAAAAAGUUUAUGUAACACAAACCAACCCAUUUUUAACGUAACAAUUUAUAUGCCCAGACUGUUACAUAAGCAGACUGUACUUGUAUCAGUGUACGUUUCAUGAAUAAAUACCAUAAUUGUUACAUUAUGCUACAUUACAAUAGAAUGUUGUUGAAUGAUCCUUCAUUUUUUUCUGGUCAACAUUAAAAUGGAUUUUAUUUCUAAUAAUCUUAUUUGAAAAAAAAGUUAUUUGAUUAUUUUUAAACGUUAGUGCAAGGUUUCAACAGGGCUCUCUCUCUCUCUCUCUCUCUCUCUCUCUCUCUCUCUCUCUCCCUCUCUCUCUCUCUCUUUCUGUAUGUGUGGGUGGUUUUGCAAAUGUCAGUGUUUCAGGGAAAAAUGGCUGUAGCUAUAGAACAUUGCUGAUAUGUGGGGUAUGGCAACCACAGCUGAGAGCAUUUAACCAUAAAAUACAUGUAAAAUACAACCUACAUUAAAAUUAUGUUUAAUGCACAGUAAUACAGCAUAUUUAAUGGUAAUACUCUGAAAGCAACACAAAGGUUGGCUGUUAAUUGUACAGCAAAAAUCUGACCUUCAAUUUACAGUAGUGCCAUUUUUAAAAAAAAUCAUGCGUUACUGCUAAUAUCCAAUGGUUAUUUAUCGUUAAAUAUACAGACAGGGUCUAUUUCACUUCAUCGCAAUAAACUGCACUACCACAUAUUUUUCUCGCAACCACAGUUGUCAGUUAUUUUACAGUAAAUUUAACUGAUUUUACAGUGUACAUAGAGGAAACACUCUAACUUUCAUUAGACCAGAUUUAAGAAAAUAUACCUCAAAAUAUUUCAUAAAAAUAUAAGAAACAAAAAAGAGACAUUCUGCCUCAUUCCAUCUGAAGUAGAAGCAUGUACAUACUGACAUGUGUUAGACAAUAUGCAAUUUGAAAUAUUGAAGUGUGUAGAUUAUGCAAUGUAAUAAGUAAACUAAACAGAAAGGAAACUAAAAAAUAUUGUGUCAUAUCACACCAAAAAAGUGACUACAAUUCCCAUCCUGCACUGCGGCCUACAAACAUGACCUUCAUGGACCGCAAUUCCCAGAACACACCUUCAUUCUAAUCUCGCACUCCGGCAUUCAAUUUACACUCACAAUCACACAACCAAUAUAAGAGACUGUUCAAACACUUAGUCUUUGUGAAGUAUACGAUCAGUUGCCUUAUCUCUGUCGUUACCAAGCCUUAUAUCGUGUCUGUUUAUUCUGGUGUUUUGACCCUGCUUACGUUUACGACUUUGUCUCUUUGCCCUCCCCGGUUGUGCUGUUUGCCUGAUCACUUGACCUCUGCAUGUUCAUGAUUAUUGUCUUCUGCCUUAUCCUUUGGACUUGUUGUUUGAUUAAACUGCCAUACCUGCACUUA